AUGAAGUUCCAGUGGACAUCUGGUCUCGUCCUCGGGGCGGUGGCCGUCGACGCCUUCAAGCCCGCUGAAUUUUCCUACGAAUCCUCCGAAGCAGAGCGCGUUGAUAUUGCCAAAUCUGUGUCUGGCAGGAUCAAAUACCAAUCUCCUCCUCCCGAUUCUGACCUGAUUCCCAAAAUCAAUGCCAAGGAUCCGAGCGAGAAUUGGAAGGUCCAGUGCUCCAGCCAGUAUGAAGGCAACGAGUGCGAAUAUGCCAUUGACGACCGGAGCGAAAGAUACUGGCACAGCGACCCUACGAAACAAGGGGAGGCUUCCUGGAUCGUCGUCGAUCUCCGCAAAGAGUACUACGUUUCCGGUCUGACCAUGCUGCCUCGGCUGGACAAAAGUGUCGACCAUGGCCAGAUUGGUGAACACCGCAUCUCUCUCUCUCGGGACGGCGGGAACUGGACAGACGUUGCAUAUGGGACCUGGGGAUCAAACAAGAGUCCCAAGAUGUCGGCCUUUAUCCCCAAGCCUGCUCGUUUCGUCAAGCUCGUCGCCGAAACCGAAUCCCGUUCGGAUCGGUCGCAGGUCAAGAACGGGCAGAUCUCUAUCGUCAACCUUGCCGUUUACUCCUACAACGAAGGCACUUUCCCCGAAGAGGAGCCCAGCAGGGGUGUUUGGGGGCCCACAAUUGAUCUACCCAUCGUCCCGGUGUCCUCUGCUGUUGAACAACAUGGUGACAUUAUCAUGUGGUCUGCCUGGGCUGACGACCAGUUCUUCGCCUCCCCCGGUGGGAAGACCCUGACCACCACCAUGAACCGCGAGGGCAUCAUCACCCAGAGCGAGGUCUUCGAAACCAAGCACGACAUGUUCUGCCCGGGUACCUCCAUGGACAUUGAUGGUAAUAUCAUCGUCAGUGGUGGUGCUGACUCCGGUCGCACAAGUGUGUACAAUGGCACGGCCUGGGUGAAAGGUCCCAGCAUGGCGAUUCCUCGUGGCUAUCACGCUUCGACCACCCUCUCCGACGGUCGGAUUUUCACAAUCGGGGGGUCCUGGAGCGGUGGAGACAAGGUACAAAAGAACGGCGAGGUCUACGUUCCCGGUGAGAAUGCAAAGUGGGAAAGACGCCCGGGCGCCAAGGUCGAACCGAUGAUGACCGACGACCGUCUGGGCGCAUGGCGGGCCGAUAACCACGGCUGGCUCUUUGGCUGGAAGGAUGCGAGUGUCUUCCAAGCUGGUCCCAGUAAGAUGAUGCAUUGGUACAAUGUCGAUGCCAAAGACCACAAGGGUAGAGUCAAGGGUUCCGUGAAAGAGGCCGGCACGCGUAAAGAGGACCACGACUCCAUGUCCGGUAGCGCCGUCAUGUACGAUGCCACCAAGGGUAAGAUCCUCACCUUCGGUGGCCAGCGUCACUACGACGGCUCCUAUGGUUCCAAAAACGCACAUAUCAUCACUUUGGGAGAUCCCUAUCAAGAGCCUCAGGUGGAGGUGGCCGGCAAAGGCCCCGACGGUACCGGUGAAGGCGGCAUGAACUACAAACGUGUUUUCCACACCUCUGUCGUCCUUCCUAAUGGCAAGGUCUUCAUUGCUGGUGGACAGAGCUGGGGCAAGCCCUUCCACGAAGGGAACAUCAGUUUCACGCCCGAAAUCUACGAUCCCGAGACCGACACUUUCGUGAAGCAGAGCCGCAACAACAUCAAGCGUGUCUACCACAGUAUCUCCAUGUUGCUGCCCGACGCUACCGUUCUCAAUGGUGGCGGUGGUCUCUGCGGGAACUGCUCUGCCAACCACUACGAUGCUGAGAUCUUUACUCCUCCAUACCUCUUCACUGCCGACGGCAAGAAAGCCACCCGUCCACAGAUCAUCCAGGUCGUCAACGGAGGUGCGCGAGCCACCGUUGGCAAGGUGCUAAGAUUCCAGACAGACUCUGAAAUCAAGUCUGCCGCCUUGGUCCGUCUCGGAACUACCACCCACACUGUUAACACCGACCAGCGUCGUGUUCCCCUCGACCUCAAGCCACUGUCUCAAAACAGAUACGCCGCCCGGCUCCCUGACGAUGCGGGCAUUAUUCUCCCUGGGUGGUAUAUGUUGUUCGUUAUGAAUGGCGAGGGUACCCCCAGUGAGGCUACGAUGGUCAAGGUUGAACUCCCCCCUCGUGCUAGACAUGAGUCCAGCAAAUACGAGGAAGAAGAGGAGGAGGAGGAGGAGGAGGAGGAUCUUGAAUUUUUGUAUCCCGGAGAGGCUCAUGACUGCGACCACGAUGAUGAAGAGGGCAAGGGAAUAAUAUCCCUUAUCUUUACUUCGUCCAGCAACUUCUGGAAGACCUGGAGGUCUCCCCUAGUCACCCAGGCUUGA